UAAAUUUUUCAAUGAGAUUUGACAGGUUUCUUAUAAUUUUAUAUUAUUUUGCCUAUGAAUGCGAUUAAUAUUACACGUUCUAUAUCCAAAUGCACCAUUUAAAAGAAUAAUUAAAUAAACCACCUUUAAUUCAUUCUUAUUUAGAAAUUACAUAAAAGUUAACAAACAUCACAAAACAUAUUUUUAAUACCCUGGCUACCAUCUGUAUCAUGAAAGCAUAAUGGCAAUGGAGCCCCUAAAGUUGACUUCUAAAUUGUUUAUGUGCACUAGCGUAGAUUUCAGAGAUGAAUUCGAAGAGCGCUUUGAACGGGCUUAUCAAGCAUUACAGUACCAAAUAAAUGGCUUGAAUGACAAAGAAAUGCACGACCUGUUGUCACAACAGGCUUGCAAGGAAAAACAACAUGAAGAAAUAUCAAUCGGAUUUUUAUACAUAAUAUUAACUGACCCUCAAGCAGCACCUAAAAUAUAUCGUGAUCUAACUCUUAUAACCAGAGAUGGAUUGAACUAUGUUCUAACUAACUUAACAAUGCUGGUAGCCGAUAAAUACACAAAACUGACUGAUGUUAGCAGGCGGCAAUUAAUAUGGUUGCUACAUGAAUUAGUUAAGAAUAGAGUUUUAAAUGUUGAAAAUACCAUAUGGAAUUGUAUGAGACAAGCCGGUGGAGGAGAUGUAUCACCGAAAAAUAUUUCUCUCAUCGAAGGACUUCUUGACAUCUUUAUAGAAUUUCGUCCUUGGCUAGAAAAUUAUCCGUUUUUAGUUGGAACAGUAGUUUAUAGUUAUGUUCGACUGAUUGAAGAUCAUACUAGCCCGUUGCUCACCAACUUGCGGAAUAAAGAAAUAACCUUUGUGGUAGCGUUAAUAAGAGAUAGAUUUCAAGACAUUAUACCACUUGGACGUGAUUUUGUAAGAUUGUUACAAAAUGUCGCUCGAAUUCCAGAAUUUGAACAACUUUGGCGUGAUAUACUGUAUAAUCCAAAAACACUCUUACUUUCUUUUAACGGUAUCUGGCAAUUGCUACAGAUUCGAACAAGUAGAAGAUAUCUCCAGUGUAGACUUACGCCUGAAGUCGAGCGUAAACUUCAUUUUCUAGCGUCAUCAGUUAAAUUUGGAAAUCAAAAACGUUAUCAAGAUUGGUUUCAAGAUAAAUAUUUUGCCACACCAGAGUCCCACAGUCUGCGUUCGGAUCUUAUUCGAUUUAUAAUCAAUGUUAUUCAUCCAACAAACGAUAUGCUUUGUUCGGAUAUCAUCCCACGAUGGGCAAUAAUUGGAUGGUUAAUAUCUUCGUGUACUAAUCCAAUAGCUUUGGCAAAUGCGAAAUUAUCAUUGUUCUACGAUUGGCUGUUCUUCGAUCCCAAUAAGGAUAAUAUUAUGAAUAUUGAACCUGGUAUUUUAGUUAUGUAUCAUUCAAUAAGAAAUCAUCCGUUUGUUAGUUGUACGUUGUUGGACUUUUUGUGUCGUAUUAUGAAGAAUUUUUUCCCCAAAAGUGAAGAGCAAAUAAGAACGGGAGUAUAUAAUUCAUUGAGGAAAAUACUUGAAAAACAGGUUAUUCCAAAUCUGCAACCACUUUUUGAAUCAUCCAAACUCGAUAGAGAUUUGAGAAAUCUUAUUCGUGAAAAUUUCCGCGAAUUUGUGUGCCCAACAACACCUGCAGCUGGUGGUGCUCCAGUUGGUCCAAUGUUGUUUCCAGUUCAAAUGAAUCAACCGGGUCUUAAAAAAGACGAACCCAUUUAUAAUCAGGAUGAAAACAAAAUUUGUACUGCAACCGACUCAAUGGAAAUGCGUGAAUAUGGAACUCAUAUGUUGGUGGACGAACAACCAGAAAGUGCGCCUAUUCAAAAUGUAAUCGAAAAAAAUGAAUCCGAAGUGGAACCCUCAUUCAGUGAAGACGAAGAUGAACAAAUUAUUAGUAUUAAGUGUGAAGAUCUAACCGAUGACGAUGAUGAUUUGCCUCUUUCAAAGGUACGCUUAAAGGAAAAACCAACUGCAGAAAAAACAGAACUGCCAAGCAGCAUAAGUGACUCCUUUGAUCAGUUUUUAAAUAAAAGAAACUCAUCCACUCUCGAAGAAUUUAUCGAUCAAUUCCGAACACUUACGGUAUCUGCUAUAGAUGAACAACAACAAAUGUAUAUAACAUCCAACGUACAAGCUAUCCUUAAAGACACCCUACCUGAAAACAUAUUCACAGACAGCAAAACCGACGAAAAAAGUCUAUCCAAAAGUAUAAGCUAUCCAAUAUUUACUGUAUUUCGUAGCUUAUACGAAUCAGAAGAAAAGGUUAAAAAACCAUUUAGUGCGUUGCUUGCUUCCAUAUACGAAAGAAUUCCUGAAACGGGCUAUUUGCUUUUGUAUUUUCUAAAAGUCUACACAAAAGUUCAAGCACGUCGAAAUGCAAACCAAUGUUAUCAGUUCAAAACAUGUGUUUAUAAAACUCUUUGUGAUGCCUUAGAAGAAAAAGUCGAUAAGUGUUUAGUUCGUGAUCUGAAUGCUCUCGAAAAUGAAAAUACACAAAUGUUUUUGUGGAUUUUGCCAGACAUAUAUCGAGAGUUCAAAACCAAUGUGGUGAACAAUAACGAAAUGAUCAAAAUAACAUUAAGAUGUGUAGAUGCAAAAAAUAUACGCGACUUAAUGUAUUACAUUGCACAAGGAAAACUGGCUCUAUUCAAGCACGACGGAUUAAUAAAUUGUAUACGAGAUAGUCUAUCAUAUGAGACAUUCGAACAACUAUGUUUGUGGCAAUUAGUUCAAGCUCAUGACAUACCAUUAAAAUGUUUACAGGAUAUACUGCCAGAACUCGAGUCAGCGAAUCACCCUGAAGCGCUGUGUUAUAUGCUUCUUUUAUUGAAAAAUGAAGAUCCAAAUGUUGAGUUGAUAAGACUGCUCCUGAGCAGAGAAACUAAAACAAGAGGGGAUCCGUUUGUAACAUCUGCUCUAAGAUUUUGGUGCCAAAGAGGAGAGGAAAAACUUUCGGAAAUAAUCGCUGGACUUUUAACUUCAAAAUAUCCAAGUUCUUCACCAAAUAAAAGAAAGCGAUUGAAGGGAAAUCAGUCAAUGGGAAGUUCACCAUCUGCGGACCAAAUAUUAAGCCAUUUGGAACACUAUCGAAGAAGUUGUCGCCAUGGCACCGGAACUGGGCUAUAUGUUCAUGAUACAAUGCAGAGAGCACUUCAAACAGCAUUUAGUCAUAGCAGCGAUAGCACAAAAAAACAAUAUAGUGACCUUUUUGCCUUAGCCGCAGAAGAAGACACUACAGCUGUUGGACGUCGAGGAGGCAGUGGUAGGGGUAGAAAACCACCAACAAAUAAAAAAGAAUCUAAUAAUUCAGGAAGCAAUGCGAAAAAGACUUCAGAUCCAAUUAAGACAAUGUACACAAGUGAUGAAGAUUCCAGUGAGGAAGAAUGGUUAAAACCAAAAAGUGCACUGUACAAGAAAAGAAAGAAAGCGUUUAAUGAUUCCGAUUAAGAAAGUCUUUGGAUAAGAAAGAGAAUCACAUUAUGUUUAUAUACAUAUAAAAAUAAAAAAAUUAUAGUAUUAGUUAUCAGAAAUGUAAAUAUUUAUGUAUAGUCGUAUAAUUUUUAUGAAAUGCAAAUUACUUUGGUAAAUAUAGCAAAUAAGAA